AAAGGAUUAUAUGCCUGAGGUUUUUAUCACAUUGACUGAGCAUCUUUUUGGAUACAGGUAACAGUCUGAUACAGGAUGAACAGUAUACUAAGUGAAGAAAAUAUUAAUGCUGCUUUGGCAGAAUGUAAAGAACCUGGCAGCUUUGAUGUGGAGAAAUUCUUCAAUACAUCUGGGAUAACUAAAUUGAAAUCAUCUGAACUACUUCGCAUCUUUGAGAAGCUUGACGAGAAUAGUGAUAAGGGUCUGGAUAAAGACGAUGUUGAAAAAUUUCUGCAGAGGUUCCAACUCGAUGCCAGACUGUUGACUAAGCAAGAGACGUGCAGCUUCUUGUCUAAAGGUGAUCCAGAUAAAGAUGGUAAAAUUGGGGUCCAAGAAUUCCAGGACUUGGUUUCAAAAUGUGCAAGCAAGUGAAAGAUUUAUCAAUGAGUUGAAAAUACUAACGGAUGAGCAGAAGGAAAAUAAAGGAACAUUGUAGUA